AUGAUUUAUUUUUCUUAUAUCGCAGUCCUCCUUUUUACGGACUACGUGAGCGCAAAUCUAGCCUAUAAGUCGAGACCUGAUCUUGCAGUUCCAGUGCUGAACAUUACUAUUCCUGCAACCAAGGAAGUUGCCGAUGGCCUUAUCUUCUACACGCCUGAGAGCAUAUAUGCCGAUAAUACCGGCCAUGGACCCGCGCAAAGCGGGCCAUACAUAUUCACCGACAAAGGUGAAUUAGUUUGGUCAGGAUUCGGAUAUAUCGGUCCUAGAAGUGAAAACUUCCAAGUGCAUACCUAUAGGGGACAUCAAGUGUUGAGUAUCUUUGAAGGUUCGCACAAUUCGCCGAUGGGCCAUGGUCAUGGCCGCACGACUAUUCUAGACAAUCGAUACCGAUAUCUAGGCCAAAUAAAGGGAGGCGGUCAUAAAUUGGCCGAUCACCACGAGUUCCUGUUCUUCGAUGAUAAUUCAGCGGUGUUUACUAUUUUCGACCCCGAAAUCCGAGACCUCACGGCGUACGGCGCCACUUCGGAGAGCCAGCAAUGGAUUCUCGACAACAAGAUUCAGAAAGUAGAUACAGAAUCUAAUCGAGUUCUAUGGGAGUGGAGCUCACUUGAUCAUAUUGACCCCGCUAGCACCAACCUAACAUUGCAAAGCGGGAACGCUGGCUUGGGCACGAACUCAAGUCAAGUGUGGCAUUAUUUCUACAUGAACGCGUUCGAUGUCGACCCGGAGACAAACACCUAUCUCCUAUCCGCCCGAAGUAUGUGCACUAUCUUUAAGAUUGAUGGAGACACAGGGAAAAUAAUCUGGCAGCUGGGAGGAAGGCACUCUGACUUCUCACUCGGUGAAGAUGUCGACUUUUGUUGGCAACAUGAUACCAGGAUGCACAAGAAAUACCUAAAUCACGAAACCAAAGGUUCGAAGGAGAUUAUAUCUUUCUUUGACAACUCCGCGCACGAGAAUCUUGCGGGGGGCCCUGACUUGCAAACCCGGAGCUACAGCGCCGGGAAAAUUGUCGAGCUCGAUACCCAUAGCCACACUGCGACAUUGAUCGCGAGUUUCCGAGCCCCAGGAGAUCUUUCUGUUAGAUCCCAAGGAAAUCUCCAGCUAUUGCCAAACGGGAACGCAUUUAUCAAUUGGGGAUAUAACGGAGCAAUGUCUGAGCACAAGCCUGAUGGAACAACUAUAUUCUUUUCUGGGCUGGAUUCCGGAAGACUAGGCCCUGGGUCAGAGAAUUAUCGUGCCUUCAAAUUUGAUUGGCAUGGUAUUCCAUACGAGGAACCAGCAUUAGUUGCAUUCGAGGAGAAAAAUGGAACCUCCAUUUACGUGAGUUGGAAUGGCGAUACUGAGACAAAGAUUUGGAAGUUUUUCGGACUAGAGAAUGGCAAGGAAAUACCAUUAGGUCAGGUCUUCAGAGCCGGAUUCGAGUCAGCCUUUCAUACCAGCAGGAAGGCAGGUCGAGUUCUAGCCGAAGCUUACGGUGCCAAUGGGACUCGGCUUGUGGCUACAUCGGCGAAAAAGACAACUCAAUACAGGGCUAAACUAGUCUACCCAUAA